ACUUGUCAUUAGUCAUUUCCUCUAAAGAGGAAAAAGUGAGGAGAGGAUCCAAAUCCGAAAUAAAAUUCUGAGAAUAAUUUGCAAUAGAAAGAGAAUGGUGAAACCAAAUGAAGUAGAAGGAGUAGCCGUACCUGAAUCAACAAUAGAACUACUCAACCGUACUUUAUACGACAUUGAGCAACUCGAACCCCAAUUGCCCCAAUUUCUCUCCCUCUCAGACCCUGAUUACCUCUCCCAACUCCCACUCCUUCGACGUGCUCAGUCUCUCAUCUCCCUCGCAAAACUCACUUCAACUCUCUUCUCAUUGAAGUUGAAGUGUAGAGGAAUUAACCCAAAUGACCACCCUUUCAAAUUUGAGCUUGAUAGGGUUAGUGUGUGCCAAAAUAGACUGGAACGCCUUCCCAAUUUCAGUGAAGCUGAGUGGCAGGAUAUGGUGGAGGAAAAUCUGAACUAUCAUGAGCAGACUGGUCAAAAGAGGAAGUAUCCAUCAUCUGAAGAACAACCUGAUCAAUAUGAUUCCAAGGAGUUUCUGGAGAAAUCAACAGGGGAGCUUCUUGAUGGUGGUAAUAGUGGAAGUAGUAUUAUUAAGAAAUCAAUAAUAGUUGACUUAUCCGAUGAUGAUGAUGACGACGACGAUGAUGAUGAGUAUAUGUGAGUGAACAGCAAGGAGCGCAGUGUUCAUGGGAGGGAAUGAUUUUGAUGUGUUUCUGCGUCAUAGUUGCUUUUCCAUGCUUUUGAAUGACUCAUCCAUUUUUGGCAAUAGAAAUCGAGGGCACGGCAACAUGUCUCUAAGCAGCGAUAUAUCAAAGUUGUAAUGCAUGUAUAGAUUCAAUCUUGAUGUGUGACAGACAUGCUAUAAAUUGUUGUUUGGAAGGAUAAAUUGUUUCUGCGUCGUAGGAUACUAAGAUUUUAACUCAACUAUGUACAUGUAUGGAUUUAAUGUUAGAUGAUGAUGUUCUUGUUUGAUUACAAA